AUGACGAAAGAAGAGAAGGUUGAAUACCACAAAAUAUUCGUACAAUACGAAAAAGAUGGUUACAUAGGAGAGGCAGACACUAGCUAUGACGGGGUCUGCACCUACCUACCACACAGACCAGUCAUUAAAACGGAAGCCAAAACAACGAAAAUCAGACCCGUUUUUGACGGUUCCGCACAUCAGCAGAAUAAGCCAAGUAUCAACGACUUGCUAGAAACUGGGCCAAAUUUAAAUCCGGAAAUCCUAGCAGUAUUGCUUCGGUUCCGACAGAACAAAAUCGCCUGGACAGCGGAUAUAGCACAAGCAUUCCUACAGAUAGGAAUACAAAAAGAACAUGAGCAGCUAAUAAGGUUCCUAUGGAUCGAAGACCCAGAUCGGGAGCCGGCCAUAAUCAAGGAGUACAGAUGGAAACGAGUACCCUUUGGACUAUCAUGUAGCCCCUUCAUUUUAAGAGCUGUGAUUUUGAAAUGCCUAGAAGAACACCAGUCAGCAUUUCCAGAAUUUACAAAGCAAUUGGAACACCAGUUAUACGUGGAUGACUGGUUGGGGGGAGCUGAUAACAUCAGCGAAGCUACCCUACUGAUAAAGCAAGCGAAAGAAGUGUUCCAGUCAGCCAAGAUGGAACUCAGGAAAUGGACGACAAACAACAGCGAGUUACAGAAAACCCUAGAACAUGUCGUAAAAUUCCAACAGGAUAUCGUCGGGAUGGCAAGUACAGAAGCUCCCAUAAAGGCAUUAGGGGUAACAUGGGAUCCCUUAACAGACAAUUUACAAUUCGAUCCACAAAGAAUGAUGGAAAACGCUCAGAGUCUAAACAAAAGACCAACGAAAAGGAAACUAUUCAGUCUCGCGCUUAGGGUAUUUGACCCACUAGGUCUAAUCUCACCAGUAACGUUGGUAGCAAAAAUCAUUAUGCAGAAGAUCUGGAUGGCGAAAACCGGAUGGGAUGAAUCUCGUUCCGGUGGAUUGCUGUUGGUGUUCCACCAUUGUUGCUGUUGCUGCUCUCCUGGAUCCAUCUACGCCUUGUUCCACGCUGUCAACGCCGUCGUUCCUGCAAUCAAGAUUCAAUUAGUAAAUUAUUAA